GGUCAGGGGAGAAAUUUCCAGGGCAGCUUCCUGCAGCCUCUCCCUUCGGAGCUCAGACAGCAGCACAUGACGAUGAUCCUCGGUUACUGGGACAUCCGCGGGCUGGCCCACGCCAUCCGCCUGCUCCUGGAGUACACAGACUCCAGCUACGAGGAGAAGAAGUACACGUUGGGGGACGGUAAUGGCAUCCUGUUCUGUUCAGCUCCCGACUAUGACAGAAGCCAGUGGCUGAGUGACAAAUUCAAGCUGGGCCUGGACUUCCCCAAUCUGCCCUACUUAAUUGACGGGGCUCACAAGCUGACCCAGAGCAACGCCAUCCUGCGCUACAUUGCUUGCAAGCACAACAUGUGUGGGGAGACAGAGGAGGAGAAGAUUCGAAUGGACAUUUUGGAGAACCAAGCUAUGGAUGUCCGUUUGCAGAUGGCCAGGAUCUGCUACAGCCCUGACUUUGAGAAACUGAAGCCUGGGUACUUGAAGGAGAUCCCUGAAAAGAUGAAGCCCUUCUCCGAGUUUCUGGGGAAGAGGCCUUGGUUUGCAGGGGACAAGCUCACCUAUGUGGAUUUCCUGGCUUACGAUGUCCUUGACCUGUACCGCAUAUUCGAUCCCAAGUGCCUGGAUGAAUUCCCAAACCUGAAAGCCUUCCUCAGCCGCUUUGAGGGCCUGGAGAGGAUCUCAGCCUACAUGAGGUCCAGCCGCUUCCUGCCACACCCCGUGUAUUCAAAGAUGGCCAUGUGGGGCAACAAGUAGUGCCCUGAAGCAGGAGAUGGAGUGAGGAGUAGGCCCUGGAGGACAGCUGGCCCUCCCUGCAGCCCACGACCAGACGUCUUGCUUGUCCUCCUUGUUCCCAUCAGGCCUCACGUGGCCCCUAAGCCUUUCCCAGGCCGCAUUCACCAGGAUCUUGAGCGCUCUGCAGCCUCCUGCCCUUCUGCCGUGAAGUCAGCGGCUGAAGGUAUCCUUUCUGCUCUGAGGCCAACCAGACCCGCCUUCCUUUCUGUGCUUGCUCCUGCUGUGAGCAGCCUGACAUGGAGAGCUCAGGCCUGACGUGUGGAGCCUGGCCCUUGCCUGUGGGGCUCAGUCCUGAGCUGCCCAGCCCUGCCCUGAAGACCAGCCCUGACCCGGCAUGUAGGCCCUGCUCCCCCAGCGUGGUCCCCACCCAGCCCUGCCUGAUCAGCAGUAAAGCCUCACUCACACCUGC